ACGCCACGCGCCUGCGCAGUUUACGGCAGGAGAAGAAGCGGGUUGUCUGGAGUGUCACAGUGAGGAUUGCCAUCUCGAGUCUGAUCUUGCCUGAGAAUGAAGCCGGGAGGAGGAGGAAAAAAGAAGGUGUCUGGAAUCGCUCUUUCCCAAGGACUAUUGACAUUCAGGGACGUGGCCAUAGAAUUCUCUCAGGAGGAGUGGGCAUGCCUGGACCCUGCUCAGAAGGCUCUGUACAGGGACGUGAUGUUGGAGAACUACAGGAACCUGGUCUCCCUGGAUGUCUCUUCUACAUGUGUAAGCAAGGAAUUGUCACCAAAAGAGAUCAUUAAUAAAGGAGAAUUAUUCCAGAGAGUGAUGUUGGAAAGACAUGAAAGCCAUUGCACCGAGGAUUUUGACUUAAGGCAAGUCAGGGGAAAUAUGCAAGAGUUUGAGACUCAGUGUGGUGAUGAUGAAAGGAACAACAAAACAACCCAUAAAAAAAUUCUCACUGAUAGAAGAGAUCAACACGUAAGAAGAAAUGUAGGAAACGAGUACAUGAUAUGUAUUGAAAAAAAGGUUGAAUUAAGCUUUCAUUCAAAUCUGACUGAAAUGCCGAAAUUUCAGUCUGGAGGGGAAAUGUAUGAAUGCGAUCAAGUAGAGAACUCUAUCAACAGUGAUUCUUCAAUUACACCACUCCGAAAUAUUCCUCUCAGUGUGAAAACCAACAUUUGUAAUGCAUGUGGGGACGUUUUCAUGCAUACUUCAUUGCAUACACAACACCAGAAAACACACAUUAGAGAGGGACCUUAUAAAUGUAAUGAAUGUGAGAAGAUCUUUAGCAGCAGGGCAAUCUUUACAAAUCGUCAGAGAAUUCAUUCCAUGCAGAUACCUUAUGAAUGUAAUGAGGGGGCCAAAGCCUUUUACUGUGGCUCAAACUUUACUGAACAUCAAAGAAUCCAUCCUGCAAAGAAGCCGUAUAAGUGUAAUAUAUGUGGCAAGGUAUUUGGUCAAAAAGGACACCUUGUAGUUCAUCUGAGAAUUCAUACAGGAGAGAAACCUUACAAAUGUAAUGUAUGUUGCAAGUCCUUUUACUGUAGCUCAAACUUAUCUAGACAUCAGAGAAUCCAUACUGGUGAGAAACCAUAUAAAUGUAAUGUGUGUGGCAAGAACUUUAGUCGACCUUCAGGCCUGACAAAUCAUCAGAGGAUUCAUACUGGAGAGAGACCUUACAAGUGUAUUGAAUGUGGUAAGGCAUUUAUCCGAAGAACGAAACUUGUGGAACAUUGGAGAAUCCAUUCUGGAGAGAAACCUUACAAAUGUAACGAAUGUGGGAAGGCUUUUACCCAAAGAGCAAACCUUGUAGAACAUCAGAGAAUACAUUUGAUGCAGAGACCUUACAAAUGUAAUGAGUGUGGCAAAGCCUUUAACUCUGCCUCACACCUCACUAGACAUCAGAGAAUCCAUACUGGAAAGAAACCAUAUAAAUGCAAUGUAUGUGGCGUGGACUUUAGUCAAAAUUCGAAUCUUAAAAUUCAUAUGAGAAUCCAUACGGGAAAAAAGGCUUACAAAUGUAAUGAAUAUGACAAAGCUUUUAGCAUUCAAUCAGUCCUUUGGGGUAAUGAGAGAAAUCAUACUAGAGAGAAAAAUUACAAAGGUAAAAAGCAGGUGAAAGCCUUUAAUUGUCACCCAAAUCUUACUGCACAUCAGAGAAUCUGUCCUGGAGAAAAACCCUAUAAAUGUAAUACAUGUGGCAAGGUCUUUACUCAAGGUAAAAGGCUUAUGACUCAUUAUAAAAUUCAUAUUGUGGAGAAACCGUAACGGCAUUAUGAAUAUGGUAAAGCUUUUACCCAAAGAUCAGAUUUGCAGAGCAUCAGACAAUUAACGGUAGAGACAAACCUUACCAAUGUAAUAAGUGGCAAAACCCUUAAAUGGGGCUUGGCCCUCACUAAACACCAGAAAAUUCAUAAGGGAGUGAAAUCAAAUCAAACUAUAAGGCAAGAUUGUUACUUCAAAUUCACAGCUUGCAAACCAUCUGAGAAUUCGUCCUGGAGAGAAAACUUAUAUUUGGUAUGCUUUUAUCACGUGUUCACAUGUUUGAGGUCCAGAGAAUUCAUACUGGAGAGAAAUAAGUGUAAACAAUGUGGUAAAUCACUUUUCUAAUUUCACGUUUAUUACACAUCAGUUUGUACUAGGGAAAAAUAAGUAGUCUUUAAAGAUAAAUCAGCGUCAGUUGUUACAUUCUACAGUGUAAUUAAAGGCUGAAAUCUCUUCAAGCUCAUGAGAUGUGUGUCAAAGGAGCAAUGAUGUGUCUAAAUACAAUAUUUUUGUUCAGUUAUUUGAGGUUUCUUGAAAAGGCUAUAUUACUAUUGAUAACUUUCUCCCUACGGUUUUAAAUCUUGCCUUCAUGCCUUCAUUGCUGCCCUUUUGCAUGUUACCAUGAUGGUCUCUGGGGAGUGAUGAAGGAGAUGAAAGUUUUCCUUCAUUAAAUGGGGAUCAUUCAUAUCAAUGUUCCCUGAAAGAACAAGGACCCUGAAUGUUAACAUACAGUGUUGUUAGUUUCAGUCAAGUCCAUUCCAGUUCCUGGUGACCUGAUGUAUGCAGAGUAGAACUGCUCCACAGGGGUUUUGAAGGCUGUGGCCUUUGAGAAGCAAACCAACAGACCUGUCUUCCGAGGUGUCUCCGGGUGGCUUCAAACCACCAACCUAUCUGCUAGUAGCGGAACACUUAACUGUUUCUGCCACUCAGGGACUUCCUUUAACAUACAUGGGGGGAUAAUUUGAAUAAGAGUAUGGGGAGGGGUGAAGAAUCGAUGUAAAACAAUGACUAAGUCAUCAUGAUAAAUGUGUUCAGAGCCACCUUCAACAGAGUGUCCUUGUGAGUUAUAGGAAAGGAUUAUUCUACCAAAAGACCAUGAAACAGCAGGCCAAGACAUUGAGGGCCUGACAUUUUCAUGGGAGCAGAUCGAUAAAUUACUAGGACAGUUCGUGUGGUAGAAAUACUGGAAGGCUACUGACGAUCAACUCAUUUGAAUUGCAAUAGCUACUGUAUAUCAAAGAUGAAUGAAAAAUUCGUCUUGUUCUUGGAAACUGAAAUGAGAGCAAUUAUUAAAAAAAAAUCAAAAGAACCAAAAUACAGUGUAUAUGUGUUGACUUCACGUUGUUUAACCACUAGCGUUGCAUUUUGCUACUAUUUAUUCAGGAUGCAUCAUAGAUGUUAAGGUUUCUGGUGCAAACAUUUUGCCCUUGGCUAUUAACUGAAAGGUUGGUGGUUCAAAUCCACUCAGUGAUGCUGUGGGAAAAAGGCCUGGAGAUCCACUACCGUAAGAUUAGAGCCAAAGAAACACUAUGGAGUACAGUUCUACUCCAAAGAUAGUGGUAUUACCAUGAGUCAGAAUCAAUUAAUAGCUGCAGGGUUUUUUUUUGGUUUUGUUUUUGUUUUUUUGGUUAUCAUAGGUGCUGUUGUCUUAAUUAAUAAGCUUUAGCUUUUUUUUUCCUGACCCUGAAUGACUCAUGUUCCUUCUACCAACAAAGUCAUAUCCCACCUCAGUAGAUAUUUCAUGACAGACAUUAACAAUGCACCAUUAGACUGUCACACUUAAAUGGCAUAUAUAACAACUUCUUUCCAUGGUGGAAUUAAACAGUAUACAAUUACACUCUCUUCAUUCUGUCCCUGAUUAUAUAAGUGUCUAAUAAAAAUACAAAGGAAAACAAGCCGCUGCCAUUGCGUGGAUUCCGACUCAUGGUGACCCCAUGUGUUUCAUAGUAGGAAGGCAUUCUAUGGGUUUUCAGUAGCUGUAUUAUCAAAAUUGAUUGCCAGGGCUUUGUUCCAUGCUGCUGCUGGGUGGAUUCAAAGCACUGAUACAGACAGAGUUGCUAAAAACUAUUGUCAGAGCAGAGUAAAUGAAGCUAAAAUAGGGUUCAGGUUUGAAAUCCAUUCUGUGUGAGAAAACUUGUGAAACCAGUUCUGCCUGUUAAGAAAAUGUGGGUUUUUUCCUUUUAACCACACCAAAACCUAAUGUUGCCAGUUUAUUUCCAAGGGGCUUUUAUGUAGCUGUGACCACUCUGUGGACUCUUUCUGGUAACUAAGUGGCAAGUAACCAACAAAGCACCAUAUCACUAAGUAGUAACUGUCUUAUCUCACCAAGCACCAAUCAGAAUUUUGUUAGCUUGUUUCCAAAGCAGCCUUAACCCAAACAACUCAUGUCCACGAUUUGUUUCCAAACGGUCUUAAAACAAAAGUUGUAACCAUCACCAAUCAACUUAAUGUCAGUAAGUAGGUAACUAGUCAACAAAGCUUUGUAAACUAGUCAUUAUUAAGGUACCACUUUGUCAUUCCACCUUUGAGGAUGAUGUAUCUUUACUUCCUUCUUUAACAAUAUAUUAGCUGCUCCCGAACUCUAAUUCAGUGGACUCUGCUAGCCUCCUGUGCCUAGUGCACACUAGCAGAACUCCAUUACAAUGAUUGUCUUUGUCUUGGCUUAAUAUAAAAAUCUCAUAAUUAAAUUUGAGUCUGGGGUCUUUUUGCCCUACGACAGACACCACAAACCUUUCAGUUAGUAGCCAAGCACAAACAAUUUGUGCCACCUUGUCAUAUUCUGAAUUCCUAAACCCAGCUUCUCUGUUCAUGGAUAUGGACUGUAUGAUCAUAUAUAUACACACCAUUUUUUUUUUUUUUUGUACCUAAAUAGGACCUAUGACUUGCAUUGGCUUUGAUUUCCAUGUGGUAAAAAGUGCAAAUGUAUUAAGCAUAUGGAAAAUGUUAGAUAAUAAAUGGAAAUAUCAAAUAAAGGUGAGAAUAAUUUUAUUGUCCUUGGAGUACUCACUGAAAUAAUUUGAAAAGGUCAAUUUAAUGAGUUUUCCCCUAAGAGUGAGGAUACAGAAUGGUAGUUUUCUAGAUAAACAAAGUAUAUACCACCCAAAACGUUUUUAUUAACUUCUACUGCUGACCAGUCUACAGGAACAGAAUGGGUUUUCUUUUGUUUCUCUAGGACUGCCGUAACAAAAUAUCACAAACUGGGUGUCUUUAAGCCAUUCUCAGUUUUAGAGGCCAGAAGUGCAAAAUCAAGGUAUCAACAGUUAUGGUUCCUUCUGGGUGGACUCUGAGAGGGAUUGUGUUGGAGUGCAAGGAACUGUCUAAAUUCAUGACGGUUAACCAGGAUCAGCACAGAGCUGGUUCCUGUGAGGUGGAGGUCAGACACACCUCCACUCUCCAACUUCUUCACGAUUUCUGACACCAGUCGUAUCCCUUCACAGCGCUCUACUUCCCUGCUGGGUUCUGUAAUUCAUUACAGUGACCACACAGAAUUCACAGACCAUACUCAACAUUAUGUGGUAUUUUAGGUAGUAACAGGCCACAACUCAGGAUCAGGAAGCACAUAGGCAAGGUUUGGAAGGCUCCCACAAAGUGGAGAGCACAUCCCUCCAUUCUUCAGUGCAGGACAGCUUCCAACCAGGACACAAUUCACAGGGGCUGUCUGCCAGCAACUGUCACUGUUAGCAAGC